UUUGUUAGAACGGCCACUGCUGUGUGAUCUUUGCAAACAGAAUAUUUCAAGCGAUCUGCCUUUACUUGGUGUAACUCCACGUCAAAUCAAUAAAACACUUGGCAUGCCUUACUCAAUUAAACUUCGACAAUCCUAUUGUUUUUGAUAACUUAUUCAUUGCUUUGAAUUUUGAGUUCUACGAAAACUAAAAUUACCUUUUUUUCUCUGCUGGAGGAAUGGAUUUCAAACUGUGUGCAAGUUGCUUCAAGGAGGUUGACAAAGACAAGGAGCUCUACUUAGACGGAGAGCAAAACUAUUAUCACCCUUCUUGUGUGACAUGCUCCAACAUCGAAUUCUGUCAUCAGAGAAAGUCCGAAAGCGAAGAGGAUGAAGGCAGUUCGUCGGAAAUGUUCACGUGUGACAACAAGUGGUACUGCUCCGACUGCUACGAGAACAUACAAGCUACACGCAACUGCUUCGUCUGCUCCUUUCUCAUACUGGACACAGAACAGUCAGUGGUUUUUGACACUUGGGUUGCAGACCAGAGAAAAACUGCGACAUUGGCUGAAGCUACACAAAAUGAAGAUUCAAACAGCAGACUAACCAGUACUGCCGAAAGUGUGUCAACCGAAUCUUCCGAUCAGACUUGCGAUGACACUCCAGGCACUCAAUUUAAUUCAACUCGCCAGAUAUUCAUUCACUUGAGUUGUUUUAAAUGCUGCGUGGUCGAUUGCCCUAAGCCGUGGAUUUCAACAUGUACCCAAGAUUUCUAUGUGAGUCAUAAUACGGACGAGCUUUUCUGCCUUUUGUGCUUCAAGAAAGUUUUCGGCCGAAUGCCAAUCGGAACCGUGAACAGAAAAUUCGGUAAAUCUCUCGAAAGGAAAAAAUCUUUCGGAAAGCAGCCAAAUCCGAUGUUCAUAGCCAAAACUUUGGAAGCAGAUGACAUGCUGUAGAAUUCAAACGUGUUAAUCCAAUUAUCUCAGUUCGGUAAAAAAAAACACUUUAAUUUAAAUCUGAACAA